AUGGCGAAUGGCACUUUGCAGCGAGCUAUUGGAGAGCCUCAGGUUGCCUUUGAGCAGGGAACAGGAAAAGAAGGUACCAUCCUUCUCGAGGAAUACUACGUGCAGAAAAACAUCCGGAUGGUGGAUACCAGGGGAUUUUUUGAGAGCGAUGAAAAGCUCCUGGAUGAGUGCCUCAAAAUCAUGUCUGGAAGAAUUCGUGCAGGAGAUGAGAUCGUGCGGACCUAUGACCAGUUAAGUCAGGAGUCGGACGCCGCGGCAAAACGAGCUCCAGCGCUCUCUAAGUACGCGCACGCCGUAAUUUUUGUUGUGAAGGCAAACGAUCCGCGUCUGAAGGACGGCAAGUACAAGGACACACUCCAGAAGAUCAGAGAGCACUUUCGAGAAGAUGGUUAUGCUCCUGUGACGGUUAUUACUUAUCUUGACAAACUAAAAGACAAAGAGGACAAGGAUGAAGCUUUUGACCAGGCCUCCUGGGCGACUGGCAGCUCAAGCGAGAGAACCUACUUCAUUGCAAAUUAUAUAAAUGAUUCCAAACCGUCCCUUGAGAUGGAUCGAGCCGCUCUUGAUAUUCUGGAUUCUGCUUUGCUCUCCGCUGAAAGGUUUAUACAAAUCCGCAAGCAGCGACAGAAAAAUCAGAUGGAAAGGGAGGCCACGGCUGGAGGAGUUUCCAGUAGCGCAGAGACUGUGGAGCAGUUCUUUGGUCGUCUUCAAAAGAAGUACAACUGGACUGACCAGGGAAAGAUGAAAGCUGUGCUGGAAACCUUGCGCCAACAGGAGAUCAAGACGGUUAAAGCACUCAAGGAACUGUGGGAAGACGUUAAGUCUGAGCUGCCAAUGUCGCUUGGUAUGAAGAUAGGCCUGGAGGAAGAGAUGAAGCGCUUGUAAAAUGGCACUGACCAAUGAACCCAACAGAACUUGAUUUAACCUUCUAGAUUCUGUUAAGUAGAAGUAUUACUGGCCUUCACUGUCUUCCCACCAAACAUAAAAAUCGGAACCGAUAAAUAAAGUCAAGAAUCCGGGAUAUGAUACAUGAUUGAUAUAUAAACGUCCUCGUCAAGUUUUACGCCUGUUCUGUUUUUAAUUUGCGCGUUAUUGGGAGAAGUGUUUGACCAGGUUUCUAGAGCCGCCAUGUUAGCGCCCAUCUAGAUGAGUAGAAACGCCUCCCUGCUGAGUAAAAA